AACUGCUGCUUAUCUGGAAUCACUAAUUAUCUUUAAAUAUGAUGGAAAGAGUUUACUGAAUGUUAUCUUUUAACAAAUCCUGUUUAGUCAGUCUGACUGACUUGCACGGGGAAGCAAAAAAAUGGGGCUAUAGUUGGAGGAUGUGAUUCCUGAGAAAAACAAACACCGUGUGUAUGGCAGGAAAUGGUGGAAGGUGGUGUCUAGCAGACUACCUAGAGGAUAGGAUAUGAGUGGAGCCUAGAGGGCCCAGUGUGGUUCCAGGAGGGUCACAGGUACUUACUGAAUCUCUCCUGUCUAGCUGCUGUUUUGAUAUCAAUUGGUUCUGUUCUUUUUCUCCCCCUUCUCAGACGUAUCUAAUCAAAUCUGGCAUCAAAAUGCUAACACUCUUUCCAGGAGAGAGGAAGGCUAAGAUUUCUUUUACUCAAAGAAGUACUCCACCUGCAGGCAUCCGGCAGACCAGCAUCGCUUCCUUCUUCACCUUGCGGCCAGGAAAGACCAGUGAUGGUAAUCAGACAAGCAUUUCCUCUCACAGAGAAAGUCAGACCGACAAAGAGUCUAAGAAAGAUGCAACCCAGCUGGAGCAUUUUCUCCACGGCUUGCAUGAUGAUUGUAUGGCAGCCCCUUUAGCCACUUCAACCCCUGCAGACAUCCAGGACACUGGAUUUUGUCCUCAGUCCCACCAGGAGACUUCUGGUUCCCCCAGACUGGAAACCCCAGUUUUGACUGCGCUGUCUUUGCCUGACACUCCAGUCUGUGCUGGAGAGAGAAAAGCCUCACUGGCUUUUUCCUUCACCCAGGACUGGGAAAGUUCUUGUUUGCCGGACCAAAAGGAGGACAAGGGAGAGGAAGAUUCUUCUGGGAAUAGGGAAGGGCUUCAGAGAUCUAAGAAAAAUAAGUAUCAGGACAUUGAGAGAGAUGUGAAACUGCAUGGGGGCAAAUGCCAUCAGCCCUUGGACAGGACUAAAUUGGAAAGCAAGGUAUCUGCCAAAGAGAACAGGCGGGCCCCUCACACUCAGCCUUACAGGGAUUCCCGGAGCGGAGAAAACACAGUGUCAGCAAAGCAAAGCCCCUGUCCCGUAUCUCUGUUUUCCUGGGACAGUGAAAGGAGAGACAAGGACUCCUGGAGUCAGCUUUUCAGUGCCGAUUCUCAGGGCCAGCGGGUCAUUGCCCACAACCCUAGAGCUCCUUUCCGAGAUGUCACCAACGACCAGAAUCAGGGUUUACAGCAGGCUCCUAACAGCCCUCAGGCUUGGUGCCAGGAUGGGCCCGCUCAGUUAAAUCUGCAGGCUAAUUGGCUCUUUACCCAGGACUCUGAAGGUAAUCAAGUUAUCAGGCACCAAUUUUGAAUGCCUUUGAAGAUUUGGUUGUAAGAGCGCCUUGAAAUGGAGAUAUGUAAAACUGAUCUUUUUUGGGGGUGGGGGGGGUGGGGCACAGGAUGAAACUGUUGUCAUUAUUGAGCAUUUUCUUUGUGUAAAUAAAGCAGGUGGUGCCAUCUGAGACACUGUGAUUGGCAUUGGUACCUUUUCCUGAGGAAGGUGGUGGCUAGUAAGUGCCCUGAACAAGUCUAUGAUGAGCACUGAGGAGGCAGGUAGGUUCUUGUCCCUGCACUGAAGAGCCUCUUAUGAGCCUCCCCUUCCAGAUGCCUGACUGGGAUCCUGCUUAUCAUUAUGUUCUUUUACUCGCUGGCUAUAAUCUUACCCACUAAACCUACGCUUGGGACCAUUAUUUUUGACAACUUUUUGAGUGAUAAGGCAAAUCUGCCUGUGGAGGUGAGGACAGAAAAAGGUAGGCUGGUGGGAGUUUUAUGUUAUUUUUGUGGUAACUUUAUAGCAUUUUAAGUUUAUAUACUUGAUAUUGGAAACCCUGGUGGUGUAGUGGUUAAGUGCUACGGCUGCUAACCAAAAGGCCGGCAGUUUGAAUCUGCCAGGCGCUCCUUGGAAACUCUAUGGGGCAGUUCUACUCUGUCCCGUAGGGUCACUAUGAGUCGGAAUCAACUCGACAGCAGUGGGUUUGGUUUUUUUUUUUUAUACUUGAUAUUUAAAUCAUUCUCCCUAAAGCCUUAAUGCAAACCAAACCCCUUAUGGUCAAGGUUGAUUCCGACUCAUGGUGACCCUAGAGGACAAGAGUAGAACUGCCCCAUAGGGUUUCCAAGAUUGUACAUCUUUAUGGAAGCAGGCAGCCAAAUCUUUCUCCGUGGAGCAGCUGGUGGGUUUAACCUGCUGACCUUCUGGUUAGCAGCCAAGAACUUUAGCCACUGUGCUACCAGGGCUCCAAAAAAAAAGCCUUAGCUAUAUACUAGUCUAGAUGUGACUAUACUAUUUUCUUUCACAA